GCGGUGUUCAGAUUCGGUGUGAAUGGGAAGGAUUGAUGAUAUGUGUGUGUGUGUGUGUGUGAGAGAGAGAGAGAGAUCAAUGAGCGAUUAAUUUGAUGGAAAAAUCGGUAAGAUCAUCAUCAUCAUCAUCAUCAUCAUCAGAGCAGAUUAAUACUCGGGGUUUUUUAUCAAACACUGCGAGUCGCACAAAACUGAUGUCAUCACUGUGAGAAAGUGACACUGCCUCUACACCAGCAUGCCCCGGUCUCACCACCGUCUUGUACACCUUCCCCUGGAGUUUAUUCAUUUCAAAGAGGGUAGGAGUUGGCUGUAGUUACAUGGCAGACGCUUUUCAGAGGGCAGUUUGGGGCUGACGCGUACCGGAACACGUGACUGAUUGAGAAGGGUAUUUUUUCCAAGGGCAUUAUGGGUAAAGGCUGUAAGGUGGUGGUCUGUGGCUUGACCUCUGUUGGUAAAACGGCGAUCCUCGAGCAGUUACUGUAUGGAAACCAUACUGCAGGUGCUGAAACAAACGAAACCCAGGAGGAUAUCUACGUGGCCUCCGUGGAGACGGACCGCGGUGUGAGAGAACAGUUACGCUUGUACGACACCAGGGGGCUCCAGGAUGGCCAUGAGCUGCCAAAACACUACUACUCGGUGGCCGACGGCUUUGUUCUGGUGUACAGCGUCGACAGCAUGGAGUCCUUCAAGAAAGUUGACGUCCUGAAGAAGGAAAUUGACAAAUCCAGGGACAAAAAAGAGGUGAUGGUGAUCGUCCUGGGUAACAAGGCAGACCUGCGCGAUCGGCGUCAAGUAGAACAGGAAGUGGCUCAGCAGUGGGCUCGGGCUGAGAAAGUGAAGCUGUGGGAGGUGAGCGUGACCGAGCGCAGCUCUCUCAUUGAGCCCUUCACCACUCUCACUAGCCGUCUCACUCAGCCUCAGAGCAAAUCUGCCUUCCCGCUGCCCGGCCGCAAGAGCAAGGGAACCCCCUCCAACGACAUCUGAGCGCCGGAGUUUCCACUCAACUUCACUGCCACAUGCACUGCAGCCACGCACAUCUGGAUCACCUGUGGAUGUUACGGUUAACAUGCUCCAGUGGUUAAGAGUAGAGUAAUAUUAUAAUAAUAAUAGCAGAGUGGCUGAUAAUAGCGAUUAGUGAUGUUUUAACAAGCAAAAUCAGGAAACUAAUUCUAUAAUGCUUCCUUUAAGCUGCUUUAGCAGUCAGGUGUCUAUACAAAACUGCCGUAAGUGCUUUAAUUUCAGCUCUUAUGAAGUUUAACCGAUCUUCCGAAAGCAUUUUAACGAAAAAUCGAGCUAGGUUUAGCAUUUUAGCCUAAUGCAUUAGGAGGCACAGCUUUGAGGUAUUACUCUGAGAAUUUUAUAUCAAUAGGCAAAAAUUAUUUUGUUUACCAAAAGCUGCUCAAGUUGUGAAGUGUUAGAGAGAUUUAUAUUUAUCACAGUGUUGCACAGCUUUGUGACUUGGCACGUGAGCAGUAGUCAGAAAGGAAUUGGUUAUUAAACACUAAGGAAAAGUAAGCUAAUAAAAUGUGACCUGGAAUAAACAUGACCUCUCCACAGUGGAUCGUUAUUGCUUACAGCACUGUACAGAUAUUGUUGUACGAGUUGAAGCGGUCAUUCUCAAAUAAAAUAAACUCCACACUCCCUGA